CAGCUGUCAAAAGAGCACGACGACCAUCGGGUGACGUGAACUGAAUCAACACGACCAUUCAUCUGAAUCAUUGCGUUGCAGACUGGUGACUUUGUUAACCACUUCAUUGACUGGUUCAUUUCAAAAGCAGAUUCAAGAAAAACCCGUUCCAAACACAAAAUAUCAUGGGGCGGAAGAAAAUACAGAUUUCUCGGAUUCUUGACCAACGGAAUCGACAGGUGACAUUUACCAAGCGCAGAUUUGGUUUGAUGAAAAAAGCCUACGAGCUGAGCGUGUUGUGCGACUGCGAGAUUGCUCUCAUCAUCUUCAACAGCACGAAUCGUCUCUUCCAGUACGCUAGCACUGAUAUGGACAAAGUGCUGCUGAAGUACACCGAAUACAGUGAACCACAUGAGAGCCGUACAAACACUGACAUACUAGAGACUUUAAGAAAGAAGGGAAUGGGGCUGGAUAGUUCUGAGCUCGAUCAGGAAGACAGCAUGGCGAUAGGGAUGGAGAAAUAUCAGCUUUGCGAUGGCAUGGACCUCUCCAUUGCUCGCCAGCGCUAUUACGCUCCUUCUCUCCUCCCCACCGAAGCUCCGAUGAUAGGUGUGAGUAGUGAGAAUGGUUACACCAACUCAAAUUCAAACUUAGGGGCCCACAGGACUCCAUCAUUCAAACCUCUGUGCACCAGGCCUGGGUCAGCUGGUUCUGCUGGAUCAAACUCCCAUACAGCUCUUGUGGGACCACAUGCAGGUUUGGGCUACUCGAUGUUCUCCCAUGGCAACCUGAGCAGGGCCUUGGAGAUGAAGACUCCGCCCCCUCUGAGCAUGACCAGUGAUGGACGGCGCCUUGAUGCACACGCUGCACUGUGCGGAACCCGCAGCAAUUUGGCAAAUGCUGUGAGAGAGUCCACCAAAAGGGCGCUGUAUCAUAGUAUGCAUGCCGGUGGACAAAUGAUGGCGAUGGGAAAGACAGGCUUACUGGGCCACAGUCUGGGGAACUACGGAGCCUCAGACUACAGCCACCCAGGUAACACCGUGGGUUUUCAGCGUAAUUCAAUUCAUACUUGGCAACCUGUGCAGCAUCAGGAUGCCCACCAGUCAAUGAUCAGCCCUGGAAUUGCUUCGGGUGGAAAUUGCUCAUACCCUUCCCAGUGCUCCUCCCCCUCCUCCCCUCCACACCCCUCUCUCAACCUGACCAUCAAAUCAGAGCGCAAAUCUCCUGAGCACACGCUCUCAGCCACAUCCCCCGGCCAUCACAUGGUACAGCACUCACCAAUAGAAGAGGCCAAAGCGACGAGACACACACCCUCAGAAGAAUAUAUGGCUAUGAAAAUCCAGCAUGGUCCAAACAGAGGCCCUGGAGAAGAGAAACGCAAUGAGCCUCUGAAACAACCUGAGAUCAGUAAUGGAUGGAUAAGAUAACUAGCUGCCCAAGCCUCUUUAACACAAAUGUAUGGCUCGCUACACUGUAAAAGGUUGAUAUGUGAAGUUGUUACCGUAAGGAGUUAUUUCUACUUGAUGUAAAGGAAUUGUUCACCCAAAAGUGAAAAGUAUCACAUGAUCUACUCACCCUCAUUCCAUCCUAGAUGUGUAUGAUUUUCUUCUGCUGAACAUAAAUUAAGAUUUUUAAGAAGAUCUCUGCUCUGUAGGUCCACACAAUGCAAGGUGGACAGAAUGGUGGACAGAACUUUGAAGCUCCAAAAAAACACAUAAUGCAGCAUAAAAGUAAUCAAUACAACUCCAGUGGUUAAAUACACGUCUUCUGAAGUGAUAUGACAGGUGUGGGUGAGAAACAGAUCAAUAUUUUAGUCUUUUUGAACUAUAAAUUCUCCUCCCUGCCCAGUAGGUGAUGAAAUGCAUGAAGAAUGCGAAAAGUGGAGAUUUAUAGUAAAAAACGACUUGAAUAUUGAUUUGUUUCUCACCCACACCUAUCAUAUCACUUCUGAAGACUUUGAUUAAACCACUGGAGACAUGUGGAUUACUUUUAUGCUGCCAUUAUGUGAUUUUUGGAGCUUCAACAUUUUGGACACCAUUCACUUGCUUUGAAUGGCCUUACAGAGUUGAGAAAUUCCUGUAAAAAUCUUCAUUUGUGUUCAACAGAAUAAAAAGAAAUUCAGAAUUAUCCAACAUUUGUUUUAGUUUUUCUUUUGUAGAGUGCCUGAGUUGUGUUUAGGCUAAGAAUGUUUUUUUUAAGGUGUGAUAUGUUUUUGAGGCUGCACUAUGCCUCAUAAAAGUGAGCCCAUCAUUUUGUUUAGAAAGUCUGGCAUUAUUUCCUUGUGCAGCUUCAAAUAAAUUAAAUGGCGUGCUUUGAAAAGAUGUGCUCAUUUAGUUUUUAAAUGAAAGGGAGACAUGAGCUUUGACAUUCUCCUCUUUUUUAUGAAAUUAAAACUUUUUUCUUUACUUUUCACAAUUGGAAGAUGCAGUCUCACAAUGCUCGUGUUUAUUUUUAAAAGAAGCAUCAUAUACGUCUCUGUUUUCAUAAUAGGUAAUGUAUCAUAGAUAUAUCAAGUGAUCUUCAAACAGGCAAUUGCAGUAUUCAACUAUGUGCAGUAAAUAGUGUUUUACACAGAACCAAUAAAAAUCAAAGCAAAGUUUUGCAGCUUCAAAAAUAUUACCACUUUACCAGUGCAACAUUCAAACUAUUGAUGCUGACACAGUUUUGAAUUGUGAUGUCUAUACCUCUAUUUUCUUCACAUAGUGUAAAUUACUUUAUGAUCAUAACUUAUAUUCAUGUAAAAAUGAUCUUCAUUCAGGAUGGGCUCAUUUUCUAUUUUCAAACUAUUAUUUUAGGUACAUGAUGUAAAUAUAUUCAAAAGUUAAAGACUGCCACAUGGACAAGUUUCUGCUUCUUGCAUUAAUGUGCUGUUUUUAUGUGCUAUGAGCAAACAAUUUUGCAUCGUUUCUACCCGCCAUUACUUUUUAUAUUAUCAUGAUUUAUUAUAUCAUCUGGUUUUUAUUUCCAAGCUUGUGUUUUUUCCCCACUUGUGCUUGUUUUAAGAGUUUUUCUGAGUAAUGUAAAUGAAAACCACCAUAUAUGUAAUAUGUUUUGCUGUCCUGAUGUAUUGUCAAUUGAAAUUUGCUGAUGUGUCCACAAGAGGGCAGCACAUGUCUCAAAAUAUA